AUGAAAAUUCGAAACACCAGACCAAUAAACUUCCUCUCCCAGCGAUUGUAUCUCCUUCUUCUUCUUCUUCUUCUUCUUCUUCUUCUUCUUCUUCUUCUUCUUCUUCUUCUUCUUCUUCUUCUUCUUCUUCUUCUUCUUCUUCUUCUGAACUACCUCCUAAAACUCACCUCUUCCCGUCUACCUACAGUGGCUCGAGAUCCAACCAUACCGAAGUGGACACGAUGA